AUGCAGGACCAAAGAGAACCAGACUCAAGCCUGGACAGGGGCAGAGGAUGUCUCACACUUGUACACACCUGCGGCUUCGCUCACUCACCUGACUACUGUUCAGGGGAGAUCGGAGUCACGGCCCUCUGGAUGGGACAGUUUGUAACCAGCCUCAUGCUAAACUCAACACAUGCGGGUAAACGAAGACCUUUUAAACCCAACAGCCUAUGUCACACUUUCCACAGUGAGGUGAAUCAUGGUUUCUCACCGUUGCCACGGGUAACCCGGGACUCUGUGAGACAGUACUUACAGUUUCGACCCGACCAGUCUGUGUUCAUUCUUCAUGCAAAAGUUGCUCAGAAAUCCUAUGGGAACGAGAAAAGGUUUUUCUGUCCUCCUCCCUGUGUUUACCUGAGUGGGCCAGGAUGGAAACACAGACAAGAGCAGCUCAAAGGAUCCAAUGCGGGUGAAUCAGGCUGUCGCCUGUGUGGGUACAUGGGUCUGGAUAACAGCGGUGGGCCACAGACAGACAGCCUAAAGCUCAGCUUUGAGGAACAGGCUGACAGGAGGAUGUUUGCCUGUGCAAAGACCCUGUAUAUAUCAGACACAGAUAAACGGAAGCACUUCCGUCUGCUGCUGAGGUUGUUCUUCAGUAGUGGACAGGAAAUUGGCUCGUUCCAAAGUAAUCUGAUCAAAGUCAUCUCCAAGCCCUCUCAGAAGAGACAGUCCAUGAAAAACGCAGACUUGUGUAUAUCCUCAGGCUCCAGAGUGUCACUGUUUAACCGUCUCAGGUCUCAGACGGUCAGCACACGUUACCUGGCUGUAGAGGACGGGGUAUUUGUGGCCAGCGCUAGACAAUGGACUGCCUUUACUGUUAUAUUAGUGGAGGAGCAGCAGCAGUCUGAGCCGAGUGACUACUCAAUGUGUGAAGGGUACAUCUGCUAUGGCUGCGUAGUUCAACUCAUCUGCACAGACUCAGGGGUUGCUUUGCCACCAAUGGUGAUCCGUAAGGUUAACAAGCAGUUUGCGUGCCUGGACGUGGAUGAGCCUGUGUCCCAGCUUCAUAAGUGUGCCUUUCAGUUCAAGGACAGCAACCAGAUGUACCUGUGCCUUGCCAAUGAGAAAAUCAUCCAGUUCCAGGCGUCUUUGUGUCCUAAGGACAGCAGUCGGGAACUGCUGAAUGAUGGUUCUUGUUGGACCAUCAUUGGCACAGAGGUGGUGGAGUACACGUUCAGUGAGAGUCUAACCUGUUCUCCAACCUCCAUCAGCCCUGUUCCUGUCAUCACUGCCCUUGAGUUAAACGGAGGCGGACAUGUAGCCAUGCUGGAAUUACACGGGGAGAACUUCAGUCCACAUCUGAAGGUCUGGUUUGGAAACAUGGAGGCAGAGACCAUGUUUAGGUCACCGAGGUCCAUGCUGUGUGUGGUCCCAGAUGUGUCUGUGUUCAGUGGGGAGUGGAGGUGGCAGAGGAGACCCAUCACUGUCCCCCUGUCACUGAUACGUGUCGACGGCCUUAUCUACCGCACUUCCUUCUCCUUCACCUACACCCCCGAACACAGCACUCCCUCACUGCCUCUCACCGGAGCAGAGAGAGCUCCAGACUCCGACACACUCAUUCACACCAUCCACCAGGAAUUCACACGGACUAAUUUUCACUUAUUCAUGCAAAGCUGA